AGCACUUGAGUCGUUAGGAAACGCUCCCCAACCGGCGCGCACCAAAAUGGCGGUCCGGCUGUCGUCGGCUAGGAUAUUAAAAUUUGGGAAAAGACUCUCCAGGUCGUACGCGCAAGUUGGGAUAGCUGGUUUGCCUAGCUUUGUCAAGAUAAUUGAAGUGGGACCAAGAGAUGGACUGCAAAACGAGAAAAAUAUAGUUCCGACAUCUGUCAAGGUUGAGUUUAUAAACAAGCUGUCAGAGACAGGUCUACCAGUUAUUGAGGUCACCAGCUUUGUCUCACCAAAAUGGGUUCCACAGAUGGCAGAUCAUAAUGAAGUGUUGUCAGCAAUACACAGAAAACCAGGUGUGGUGUAUACAGCUUUAACACCAAACUUAAAGGGCUUGGAGUCAGCUAUAGCAGCCAAUGUUUCAGAAGUGGCAAUUUUUGGAGCUGCAUCAGAAACAUUUAGUCGAAAAAAUAUCAACUGUUCUAUAGAAGAAUCUCUGGCCAGAUUCAGUGAUGUAUUGGAGAGAGCAAAAGCAGCAAAGAUAAAAGUCAGGGGGUACGUGUCUUGCGUCUUAGGAUGUCCUUAUGAAGGGGAUAUAAAACCAGAGAAGGUGGCAGAGGUGGCUCAGCGUAUGUUUGAGCUUGGAUGUUAUGAAAUAUCUUUAGGAGACACAGUGGGGGUAGGAACUCCAGGAGCCAUGCGAGUAUUGCUAUCCACAGUCAGUAAAGUAGUCCCUGUAGCAAACCUUGCAGUUCACUGUCAUGACACCUACGGACAGGCUUUGGCUAAUAUCUUGGCAGCUUUGCAAAUGGGGGUUAGUGUGGUGGACAGCUCUGUAGCAGGACUUGGUGGUUGUCCCUAUGCUAAAGGAGCCAGCGGCAACAUGGCGACAGAGGAUGUUGUGUACAUGUUGAAUGGACUGGCUAUUAAAACAGGUGUAGACAUCAACAAACUUCUGGAGGCAGGACAGUACAUCUCCAAUGCAAUUGGAAGAAAGACAGGGUCCAAAGUAGCAUUAGCUACCCAUUCAUGUUUGUGAAAAUGGAGAAGAUAAUGCUGCUGAAUUUAGGAUGCAACAGUUUGAAGACCUCAUAAAUACUCACAAAACACUUAAAAACUUUAAAAAAGGAUGAAGUUACUGAAAACUGUAACUGAUGACUGUAAGAAUUAUAGAAACAUUUUGAUUUCUUUUUAGAUCUUCAAUAUAUGUGAUUAAAUUUGUGCGUGUGCGUGAAAUAGAAGGGCAUGUAGAGAAUAAGAGAAAUGAAUAUAGAUGAAUCUGCCUCCACAUUUGCACAAGAAGCCAUCCUGCUAGAAACACUUUAUACUGUUAUUACAGUAAAGUUAUAGGAUACCUAUUUAAGCAGAAUGGUUUUUGUGCUGUUGUUUUAUCAUGUAUGCAGGUCAUACAAAAUAUUGUGAUAAAUCCAUUACACUUAAGGAAAUAAUUACACAAAACAUAAUGAGCUAAAAGCGUUAAUGUUUGUGCACUAAUUUCUUGCUGUUCGCUUGUGAUGGUAACUAUAUAUUUUGAUAAAAUCUUAUCUUUGCCUCACUUGCUGAAAUGAAUUUUGUUUUGUUUUUUGUUUUGCUUACAACUUACAUGGAUUAAAAGGCUCAUGCUUUAUGGAAGAGUGGAAAGCA